GUGCUCUUUCCACUAGAUCGCACUGCUUCUCCUGCUGUCUUCCAGUUCCCCUGAUGCCAAGAUCUAAUGCCUACCGACAAGAAGAGUUCUCCCUGACCAGCCUCAUCGGGAACAUAGAAAGGAAACCCAUCCUUGAGAACCUUCCCCAUGAUGGCGACAUAGCACUUAGAAGCCCUGGCCUUGGAGAAUCUGAAAGCCCCUGCGAACAGCAGCGCUUCUAGAAAGGACAAGUACGAUGAUCUGCCGGUAACACAGGAAGACCUGCCAAAAGUUUGAGAAGGCUGAAGGCUUAGAAGACAUCAGGUAUAGAAGACGACUCAUAUAAAUGAAGACAGAUUAAAAGGGUCAGGCAGUGGCCUAAAUCACCUCUAUCGGCUGCCCCGUGAGAAGGGAUAUGGCCUAUUUUAAGUGGCCCCACUUAAUCAAUCAGUGGGUUUAUUGAGUGCUUACUCUGUGCAGAGAACUGUACUAAGAGCUUGGGAGAGAACAAUUCAAUAGAGUUGGUAAACACGAUUCCUGUCUUUGAGGAGUUUGCACUCUGGCUCUGGGCUCCCUCGGUGUGGACACCUGGGGUGAAGAACCAACAGAACAGAGGCGGAGAGUGUGGGGGUUGGGGGUGACCAGAGUGAAUGGGGUGAGGGGAAUCCCAGACCACGAGCAGCAGUGGGCAGCCCCCGGUGGCUUCUGGCCCUAACUGGACCAGACCAGACUGGCCCAAAGGAGUGUGGCAUCCAUCCCAGGGCAUUAAGUGGUUCCCUGGACCCCAUCCAGGGUGCGCUCAGGGAAUUUUUGAAAGCGCGGGAGCCAGGGGACAGAGGGGCAGCGGAGGGCACUGGCCCGCGGGAGAGGAGGGGGUGUGUGUCUUCCACCCGGCCAGGAAAGCCUGCGCCAUCCUCCGACUCCCGUCCCCAUCUGAAAGUUGCCCAUUGGCUCUGGGCUGAGCGCCACCUGCAUCUGGACCUCCUGCGGACCCCGGUUUCCUCCAGGCUUUGAAUCGACACCUGGUCCGCUCCUCUCUGCCCCAACCACCCUGGGCACCGCCGGUCCUGACCCACAACAUGGAGCCUUGAGCGGCCGGGAUGAUGACCACAGUCCACGUGAAUGGGAGGGGCGAGGGCCCCCCCCGCCACCCACAGUGGCCACACCGGGACAGUGCCAAGGACCGUGGCCAGGCCUCGCUCCCCGCAGAGGAGUCCGAGGGGCGGCAGCCUCGGCUGACCCCGUUGGAGAAGCUCACGCAGGACAUGUCUCAGGACGAGAAGGUGGUGAGGGAGAUCACCCUGGGAAAACAGAUUGGCUUCUACCGGAUCCGGGGCCAGAUUGGCAGCGGGAACUUCUCUCAGGUGAAGCUCGGAAUUCACUCCCUAACCAAAGAAAAAGUGGCUAUUAAGAUCCUGGACAAGACCAAAUUAGACCAGAAAACACAAAGGCUGCUCUCCCGGGAGAUUUCCAGCAUGGAGAAGCUGCACCACCCCAACCUCAUCCGCCUCUACGAGGUGGUGGAGACGCUGUCCAAGGUGCACCUGGUCACGGAGUAUGCCGGCGGCGGGGAGCUCUUCGGGAAGAUCAGCACCGAGGGGAAGCUCUCCGAGGCGGAAAGCAAGCUCAUCUUCUCCCAGAUCGUGUCUGCGGUGAAGCACAUGCACGAAAACCAAAUUAUCCACCGAGACCUGAAGGCGGAAAACGUGUUCUACACCAGCAACACCUGUGUGAAGGUAGGGGAUUUUGGGUUCAGCACGGUGAGCCACCGAGGGGAGAUGCUGAACACUUUCUGCGGGUCUCCCCCCUACGCGGCCCCCGAACUCUUCCGCGACGAGCGCUACGUGGGGACAUCCGUGGACGUCUGGGCUCUGGGGGUGCUCCUGUACUUCAUGGUGACGGGCACCAUGCCGUUCCGGGCCGACACGGUGGCCAAGCUGAAGAAGUGCAUCCUGGAAGGCGCCUUCGGCCUGCCCGCCCACGUCUCCCUCUCCUGUCAGAGGCUGAUCCGUGGCGUGCUCCAGCCGGCACCCGCCGAGCGACUGGGCAUCGACGCCAUCAUGAGCGAUGCCUGGAUGCGAGGGAUGCGGUACCCUCUGCCCCUGGAGCCUUUCCGACUGGAUCCCCGCCAUCUGGCAGAGGCUGGCGGGCUCCGGGAGGAGGAGUGCGAGGUCAAGGCCGCGUUGGAAGCGCUGGGGAUUACUGAAGAGCACAUUCGGAAUAACCAGGGGCGAGACGCCCGGAGUCCUAUCACCGGGGCCUACAGAAUCGUUUUGCACCGAGUCCAGAGGAAGCGGGCUCUGGACAGCGACCCGAUCGUCACCCGCCCGGACUCUGGGGCAGGAAACGCAAAGAGAGGGCCCAGGUUCUGCCGGGGCAUGAGACACACCUCCAAAUUCUGUGCAAUCCUAUAAAUGGGCGUCGGGUGGCUGGGGCCAUUCCCCCAGCUUAUUUUUCACAGGUUUUUCAUUUUUCCUAGUCAUCUGGGAGAGACUUUUCUAAUUUUUAAAUAAAUUUAACGUGCCACCUCUUAGUGUGGAAAAUGCAUUUCUGCCCCGCGGAAGUCUGGCAUAAUGGGAGAACCAGCAGCUCUCCAGAAGCUGGCCUGUGAGGGAGACCGAACCUGCCGCUAAUAACUGGGCCUGUCCACUCUUCUUCCCCGACUCGAAACUCAGCCACGUAGAACUCAGCAGUGGGAGAGCUGCUUA